CUUAUUUAUUUUCCCUUCGCCCAAACCCCUCUGGUGAUAUGUGAAGUGCUUAGCGACUACUCAGAUAUUUUGGAUCCAAUCAAACCUUCCGUUGGAAGGAUUAAAACAACUUCCUUUGUUUCACCUAAAUCAAGAUUCUAUUAUGUUAAUUAGUGAGUAAAUUAUUGAUUGUAUAGUUAACAGUUAACACAUAUGCUUUAUGCUUGUACCUUAUCGAAUUAUUCAUGAGCCUCACAAAUCGAAUAAGACCUAGAGCAAGUUUAGACUCUUACGAAACGAGUUUGGUCGCAAUCUGGUUCAUUAUGAAACAUGCUAAAUGAUAAAUGAGCUCUUUUUGAUUGGUGUGUCACGAUGUUAACAAGCAACUCGAUUCAUUUGCAGGCAUGUCAAGUGCAUGACAGAGAGGAGAAGCCAUAUUUAUGAGUCGUUAGCUAUUAUGCGAACUACUCACAAUUCACAACCAAAGUCGUCAAUUUGAAUGCCUAUUUCUUUUGGAAAUUGGAAGGCCCGGUCUAACAAGUAACAAGCAGUCCUAUCGUCGUUUGUACCAAAACCCCGUUCCAUCCCAUCGGCGAAUUCCAACCCAAAUCCAAUUAUCGCCCGCCUCGAUUCUGCCGGCGAUGGCCAGCUCCACUCUAUCCGCUCUGCCGAUUUCAUCAUCGGCAGCAGCCACCUCGUCGCCCGAGAGCCUCCGCCUCGCUCCGUCGUCGCUUUCGCCCAGCUCCUUCCACGGAAACAAGCUACUGAUUCGGCGCUUCAGUUCGAGUAGCGUUGUUCUCAAAUGGCGUGGCCCGACGGUUGCCAGAAUUUCGUCUAGUCUCCCCACGACGAAAUAUGAUCCAGCUAAAGUUCCUAAAUGGUCAGCUAGAGCUAUUAGGUCGUUUGGAUUUGGGGAAUUGGAAGCUAGGAAGCUCAAGUAUCCGAAUACAGGAACUGAAGCCAUCCUCAUGGGCAUUUUGAUUGAAGGAACCAGUUCAGCUGCAAAGUUCCUAAGGGCUAAUGGAAUCACUUUUUUCAAGGUCAGGCAAGAAAUUGUAGACUUGCUUGGGAAAUCAGACUUGUUUUUCUUUAGUCCUGAGCAUCCCCCGUUAACUGAGCAGGCCCAAAGGGCCCUUGAUAAGGCCAUCGAAGAGAAACUUAAAUCAGGGGACGAUGGCGAAAUAACCCCAUCACAUAUACUCCUAGGCCUUUGGUCGGAGACCGAUUCUGCAGGUCAAAGGAUCCUGGAGACACUUGGUUUUACGGAUGAAAAGGCGAAAGAGCUUGUCAACUACAUAGAUGAAGGUGCCGCCUUGAGCUCUAGGUAGGGAACUCAGACCUGUUUCUGAUAUCCGGGCUUACUGCUGGAUCCGAGAAUGUUGUGAGAAUGUUGUGCCAGACCAAGUACCUGGUACAGCAAGUGCGUUCUCUUUGGGAAAAAUCACCGGCUUAUCAGAAUAGUGACAUACUGUAAUCAUAUCACCAAAUGCUUGCUCGCCUUAGAAGAGAUUCUUCAAAUUUGUAUCUUUCGGAUUUUCAGCAUCUUGCAGACUGCCGCCGGUGAAGAGGCUGGCAGUUGUACCAUUGUAUUCUGAGUCUUGUAGUUUAUGAUCUGGCUCGCCGAUUUGUUUUCUUUUCUUUUCAAUCAGAAUCCGGUUAAUUUUUGUGUGUAUCUAUUAGGGCCUUUGAACUUUGGAAUCUGGCACCUUAGUGCCUUGUUUAGGCACUGAUGGUGUAGUGCCUUAAAAUCAGAGAAGCUAUACGUACUGCAGAAUCUUAUCAAAUGGCAUAUAAAUUGUACCGAUUUCA